AUGUCAGGCAGCAUCUCAAUACUCGCUAUAUGUGUGCACACCAGCAUUUACCGAGUUUUCGAGUAUAACAUGCGAGGAAAAUCACUUACGCUUUACAGACUAGCCGUCCAUUUGUUUUUCGAACCAAUCAUUUCGAAGUUGGGAACAACGUAUCUCGAGCGGCCCAGCAAUCCUAUACAACCCGUUUCCACGGAACCUCUACUACCGUCAGUUGCUAGAGCACUUCACCCGACGCUCGACCGGGAUGGACACCGAGGAAAAGUGGAUAAAAAACAGCUCGGAGGGUUGUUCACAUGCGAACAAUCGACGGCAGAAUCUACGAGUCGUUCGCUGAUGCAGCGAAAGCUGCUGGGUUAUUUGGAUGACGACAGGUACUUUCGGAAGAGUUUACUGGAAAAAGUACGCUACCAAUCGGCAUCAACGAUGAGGAGCUUCUUUGCAUGUCUUCUCUGUUUCUGCAAAGUACUGCAAGCGCACGAUUUGUGA